AUGGCCUCCGCAGAUCAGGCGCAGCGGGUGCAGGUGGUGGUGCGUGGGCAGAGGUUUGAGUCCACCGUGGAGACUCUCUCGGCGUACUGCCUUUUCUUCCGCGGCUUCUUCCGUAAGGCGCGUGCGAAGCUGGCGGCCACCGACGACGCUGAGGGUGUCGGUGACGACGACUGGUGGUCGUGCCACGCCGCCGCCACGCGCACGCUUGAGGAGCACCUGCAGUGGCCCGUCGAGGAGGGCGCGCUGGUGGUUGGCGCCGCGUCCGUCGCGCUGGACCGCGCGGCGCCCAUGUGGAGGUUUGUGUACACCGCGGAGGGACUGGCGCCGGAGGACGUGGGGGUUGUUUUCGUGUACCUCCGCAAACUAUUCCGCUGGAGCCGGGAAGGGCAAGGCGAACAGCGGGAGCCGCAGCUGCCGAUCCGCUGGGACGAGAUGCCGUACGACGCACAGCUUGCGAUGGCGCGGGUUGUAUGCAGCUUCGGUGUAGAGCCGCUUCUUGGGCGCUUCGACCGUCCCACCGCAGCGCGCGGUGGUGUGACGAGCACGGAGGCAGAUCCCGUUUCGCUGCGGCAGAUGGCGGAGGCGUAUGCGCAGGCGCGGCUACGGCACGAUGGAUCUCUGGAGGCGGGAGCGGCACAGGCGGAGGCGCCUGCGGCAGCGGCAGCGGCUGAAGCAGGAGGAGGAGGAGGCAGCCGUUGGCAGGACGCUAUUGAGGACGAGGAUUUGGUCUUAGCAGCGGCGGCGUGUUCAAGGUGUGGGGUCACCGGACACGCGGACGUUGACUGCCCGCGCUGA